AGUUUAUUUUAGAAUUGCGUAAAAAAAUUGGUCUAUGGAAUCAGUAAUAUUUUUUCCUGUGUCUAGUUAUUUUGAUCAAAAACAUAAGACUGCAGUAUAUGAUAUUCCAGGCUCUGUAGUUGAAUUUUGUCCUUUUGAACAAUCAUCAUCUUUACUUGCAGUUGGAAGUAAACAGGGAAUAAUGCUUUUAAGAAGAAUAUUUUCUGAGAUUGAUGAACUGGGCGAUGCUUCUAAAUUUCAACAAUUUAAAGAAAGUUGGUGUCUUCAGCAACUUCUGUAUCUCCAGUUAGGAACUAAGGUUACAUCAAUUGCUUUUUCUCCCGCUACAUAUGUAGAUCUUAUAGAUUCCGAAAAAAAUUAUGUAGCUUUAGCUAUUGGAUGCGAAGAAAAUAGUGCACGAUUUCUUGAAUUAUCAUCUAAAACUAAAGAUCCAAAAAUAGUAAUGCUCGGUGGAACAUCGGGUCAUCAAGAUUUUAUUAACGACGUUGAUAUUACCUAUCUUAAUAUUAUUCCUAAAGCUGAUGAGACUGAAUUUACGGGUGAUAUUGUUGCAACUGGAGGUGAUGAUUGUACAGUAAUAGUAUGGAGAAUGACUGAUAAUUCACCUCAAUUAUCUGCUUAUAGCACUGGAUCUUCUGUAAUUAGUGUGAAAUUUCAUAGAUCUCACCCUCGAAGAUUAUUGGUUGGUGAAUAUAAUGGAACUAUAAAGAUUUUAGAUUGGGUAGAAGCAGGUGGAAAAUGGCUGAUAAGUUUAUAUGCGGGAUUGACACCUUAUAAUUUUAUCAAGUCUAAUUCAACUGUUUGUCUUGCUGAUGUAGAUUGGGUAGGUAAUAAAGAUGAUAUUGGUAGAAUUAUUGCUGCAACUACUGAUGGGUCAUGGCUCCUUUGGGAUUUUCAUGGGAAAAGUGAUAAUAUAAGUAUUCUUCCAACUAUUAAAAAACGAAUCGGUAGUCAAAUAAAUGUCAAACAGCUAAUAUCUCGUCCAGGAUAUCCUGAUAUUUUUGCAAUUUGUUUACAAAGAUCUUUAAUGAUAUCAUUAACAUCACAUAUAAAAUUAGUUAAUAUUUUUACUAGUACUGAUUUAAUUGACAUUGAGCUCCCUUUAUCUGAGAUGUUGAAACCUGAAGACUCAUAUAUUAGCUGGCAUGCAAAUAAAGGUAUUAUUGCUAUUUGCCGCAAUAGUAGUUUGAUUAUAUCCUGUGUUAUGAAUAAUGAUGAUUUUUCUGAAAAUAUGUCAGAUUUUAUUAGUUAAAUUAUUUUGAUUUGUUUUUUAUAUUCUAAAGUAUAAAAGUA